UCCAGAACACUCCCGCGACCCGAUCACCAUCCCCAACCUUCGAUCUCUCCUCUCUCUCUCUCUCUCUCUCUCUCUCAUGGCGGCGUCAUCGGCGGCGGAAUCCACGGCGCAUAUGCUGAGGCUGGUGCUAACAUGCCGGAAAAUCACGGCUGAGGUGAUGAUCCCGAGGACGGGAGCCAUCGUCGCCAUGGCCUCCUCCGGCGAGCAAGAGUUUGUACAGCAACAUCGAGCGCGUCUUUUCAGCCGGUUUCCGAGAUCUCGUAGCAUUUGGGAUGCUCGUGAUGCUGCGCGCGUCGGCGAGAAGCUCGGCCUCCGUCUCCGCGGCGCUGGUGUAGACGUUGUCGAGGUUGAUCUUGACCUUGAGCUUUCCCGCCCUCCACACUAUCGCCGCCCUCUCGCUUCCCUCUUUCUAUCUGUUCAGCAAGCCGGCGUGCGUGUCGCCGGAGCUGAUAAGCUCAAGUGGCCUUGAGAUUUUUAGGGUUAGGGUUUCCAAUUUGGGAAUUUUGGGGAUUUUUUUUUAAUUUUAAAUUUGAGAUUGAAACAUGAACGUGAUGGAGUUAUCAAUGGAAUUUAAGAUUACAUUUUAAUUUUUUCCCCCCAAAAUUGUAUUUUUAUCAUGAAAUUUCAAAAUUUUUUUUUCUCUUUA